UGGAACACUGUAAACAUCAGCCAGAGACGAAGACAAGGAAAAUCUUCUCCAGCCUCUAACGGUCUCUAACCAGCGCCAGAAGUUCUCUUCGACAGAAAUUCACACUCACUCAAGCUCAGCUGCGCCUUUUGCUGCGACUUUAACUUAAAACCUUUUCUGUUUAGAUUUUUGUAAAGCGCGCGGUAGUCACCAUGAGUUUUGUAGAGGUUAAGAAUCUCGAGCCUACAAAGUUUGAGGAGACCUACUAUGACGAGUACGAAUACUACAACCUGACAGAUCGCUACACGGGAGCCCCCACUCGUAAAGGCCGCACAAAGAAGGAGGCGAGCGACAACACCAACCGCCAGAACCCCGCGGGCCACGAGCGCAAAAUCACCGAGAAACUGCAGAACGCAGAGAAGAAAGACAAGGCAUGAAGCAAGAGUCACGCCCGGACGGCUGAUAUGGUAAUGGAACUCUGGCGUAUCUGCAAUGGUGAAUCUCCGCAGCAACGGAACUGAAGUGGUGAAAUCUCCUUGGUGACGGAACACUGCUGCCUCUGUGAUGGUGGUGAAUGUCCUUAGCAACGGAGCAAUGAAUGCUGCAUUUGCAAUGGUGAAUGUCUGUCUGUAUGGCAGGCCCUUGCCUCCUGGUGCCCCUCUUUGUGUGCUGAGGACUUGCAAAGCUUGGAGACCAGACUGCAGCCCCACCCAGGGGUGAAAACGGGACAUCUGACAGACUGACCGGCUGGCCCAAGUUGUUGUCAAGUUUUGGUGGAGGGUUUCACUCAUGUGUUCGUAAUGUUUUUUGAAAAUGUUUUUUAAAACAUGAAGGGAAAGAUGUGAAUGAUGAAGGACAGUCGUAAGACUGUGGAUAAAUAAUAAAGUUUUUUCUAUUGAA